AUGUGGGCGCUGCUUCUGUUCGAUAUACUUCCAUAUGUACUAGCAGAUUGCCCCAUAGGGACCACCUAUCAUCCAGAAUUCAAUAGAUGUUACCUGUUUGUAUCGGAACCGCAGCCUUUUGGACUUGCCGAAGAUGAAUGCGCUUCCAUGAAAGGGCAUGUCGUAUCAGUUUCUAAUGGUUUUGAAAAUGCAAUGUUGGCUGAAUCAGUUUUGACGCAAAACAUUCGAGUGCCAUAUUUUAUCGGGGCAAACAAGUUGCAAGGUAACUGGAGCAAUUCCGACGGUUCUCCACUGAUAUACACUAACUGGGCACCAGGUCAGCCAUCUUCAACGGGGACGUGCGCAGUUGCUUCUGCUCCCAAUGGGAUUUGGAAUACCACUUCUUGCGCAAAUGCUUUUCCUUUUAUCUGCGCUAUACCAGAAAGCGCUCAUCCAGCUGUCACAUGCCCCACAUGUCCCACUCCAACAUGCCCUCCUCCUCCAAGAGAGCCAGGACAUUGUGACUCAGAAUGGACAUACUUUAAUGUGACGGAUUCGUGCUAUAGGCGAUUCGUUUGGGCAGAUUUUGAUAACGCCGAGGAGGUCUGCGUAGCCAAUGGUGGUCAUCUUGCGUCUAUUCACAGCUUGCAAGAGAACACCUUUGUGAAUGAGGUAGCUGAAUCCGGUAUGGAUUACAGCGACAGUAGUUCUCUAACAUGGAUAGGGCUAACGCAGGCAAAUUACCCCACCAGCGCAACUUGGACAUGGACCGAUGGAUCACCUUAUGAUUACAAAGACUGGGCUCCAGGUGAGCCGAAUGACACCAAGGGGCAGGAGCACUGUGUACAGAUACACAGUGACUAUGUGGGAAAAGAUCCGUCAAAGGACAGUAGUUACCGCCGUUGGAACGAGAUCCCUUGCAGCACGAACAUGAGAUCAUAUGUGUGCAAGAAAGCAGCUCUGCACUGAUCACCGACUGGCUUUCUCAAGAACCGAAAUAAAUC